AAGACACUCUUCAAAGAGGAAAGCAUUUUUACUUUUUCUCUCGAAUCAUUCGGUUAUUGAGCUCCCAAAACUUUACUCUUCACUCUCUUCUCAAUCUAGGGCUUUUCUUUUCUCUAUCUCUCUCUCUCUCUCUCUUUUUCUUUGUUUUUGUUUAAAUAUCCCAUUUCCCAUUUCCGGAGCUCAAGAAAAAGGAUAAUUCAUUUUUGAAGUGAAAUAAAGGGUUUGAAGCACUGAUUAUUUGGUAUUGUCGAAAUUGUUUUGGUGGGAGCGGAGAAGGGUUUCUGAAUUUGGAGCCCUAGGGCUUACAAAUGAGAAAUGAUCUGAGAAAUUUCCGGUCCGUUUUGGGGUUUAGUAACUUCAGGUUUCACAAUGGAAAUAACCUGAACUGCUAGCGUGUUUUUGAGCUUGGAUUUCUCCAUGUUGCUGGAGGAGGGUUAGUGGAGUUAUGGAUUGUGUAAAGAGAAUUACGCGUCUUAAGGGUCCUUUCGGCCAUCAUUUCCUACUUUUUGCAAUUUGGUGUUGGUCUACCAUUCAGGAUGGAGUGGCUUUUCAAACACCACCAGAACCUGGGUAUAUUUCUUCCAAUUCAGAGUUAGCUAGUCCACCUGCUGCUGGACUAUUUGAACCCAUAGAAAUAUCACCAGCUGUUUUUCCGCAUUAUCCAAUUUCUGGGCAGCCUCUGCCACCAAUGUACCCUAUCUACCCAACAACGUAUGAGCCAGUCUUGACUGGAAGGUGUCCUGUAAAUUUCUCAGCCAUUUCAAGUAUCACACAGAAAACUGCAUCUGAUUGUUCCCAACCGCUUGCGGCAAUAGUAGGAAAUGUCAUAUGCUGCCCACAGUUGGGUAGCUUACUUCACAUAUUCCAAGGAUUUUAUAGUAAGAAUUCCAGUAAUUUAGUUUUGCAAGAUGCUGUUGCUGAUGAUUGUUUUAAAGAUAUCAUCAGUAUAUUGGCCAGCAGAGGGGCAAACAGCUCGCUACCUGUAAUCUGCUCUGCUAAGUCAUUAAAUAUCACUGGUGGUUCUUGUCCUGUGAAGGAUAUAACGACUUUUGAGAAAACAGUGAACACUAGCAAAUUAUUAGAGGCUUGUACCACGGUGGAUCAUCUAAAAGAGUGUUGCAGACCAAUCUGUCAGCCUGCGAUUAUGGAGGCUGCAGUACAGAUUUCAGGGCUACAAUCUGUGAUGACCGGUAACAAGGACAUAGCUGCUGCUCAAUCUAGUGUUGACACCAUAAAUGAUUGUAGAGGCGUUGUGUAUUCCUGGAUUUCAAGUAAACUCCCAUUGGAAGAUGCCAAUUCUGUGUUUCGGAUGUUAUCUGCCUGCAAAGCUAACAGAGUUUGUCCUUUGAAUUUUACGCAACCAUCAGAAGUGAUUAAAGCAUGUCGAAAUGUAGCUGCUCCAAGUCCUUCAUGUUGUAGCUCCUUAAAUACAUACAUUCUGGGGAUACAAAGACAAAUGUUAAUCACGAACAAGCAAGCAAUAAUUUGUUCAACGGUGUUUGGGUCCAUGCUACAGAAGGCUGGAGUAAUGACUAACGUUUAUGAGCUUUGUGAUGUGGACUUGAAAGAUUUUAGUCUUCAAGCAAAUGGACAGCAAGGCUGUUUGCUUGGGAGCUUGCCUGCAGAUGUGGUAUAUGACAAUUCAACAGGCUACAGCUUUACUUGUGAUCUAAGGGACAAUAUUGCAGCCCCGUGGCCUUCAUCAUCCUCUAUGACAUCCUUAUCCCUUUGUGCUCCUGAGAUGUCCUUGCCAGCACUACCCACGUCAGAGACACUGCACAAUUAUGGUUGUCGUCACGUGAGGCUGGAUUUUGUUGUAACCAUUCUUUUGUUUGUAGUUUUGAGUACCCUAUCGUACUAAGUAGGAUUAGAGGGUGCUGAGGCAGUUUGUGUUAGAUCAAAGCACAGUUGACUGUCAUGUAUAUUUUUUGUAUCCCUUGUCAUGUAUAGUGUCCUCAUUAUUUGCCUCCUUUCUGAUGUUCUAAUCAGUUUUUUCUUCUGAUUGCCA